UUCCCGCGGCGCGUGGCGGGCUUCGACCCACUGUUUAAAUACCAACGGUCGACUCGAGAGGUGCGCGGAGGUGCAGGCGUCCGGCUGCCGCGAGUAGCUGCUGGAGGCUGGCUCCGGUGGCUAUCUCUGGUCGCAUAUGCUACCUCCCCCUCUCCCGGCUGUGAGGGGCCAGAGGCCUUCGGGGCCCUCAUUGCUUGGCGGCUGCUGGGGAAGCUGGCGAGAGUGCGCCCCAGGUUAAUCAGGGGAAGAAGCCUGUCUCUAGCCCUUACCGAAACCACGGAAGGGAGCAAAUGACCAGAUCCAACCUGUACUUGUAUCUUACUCUCCUUCAAAAAUAUUUAUUCUGCUGAUACUGAAGAGGAUGUGUUCCAAGGACAUACUUUGUUGUCAGAAAGUCCAUUAUCAGAGGUAGAAAUAAUGAGACAUUGAUCUAUGUUCCAGGACUUCAGAGAAGGGAAAGAUACCAUAAAGUGCUAAGUAAAACAAAAUUACAUGUACUAAAAACAUGGAAUAUAUAUUUGGAAGAAUUAAAGUCUACAGAGGGAGAUACAAUUUAUAUUAAAGUUAUAGAAUGUCUUAGGAAAAGGUACCCCUAGAAGAGUCAUAUUAAGGAGCUUCAUUCCCAGAGGAUUCAUUAUUCAAGGUGAAAUAUUAGAUUAUUUCAAAAGCUGGAGCCAAAUGUAAUGUUAAAUAAUGGCAACAGGUGACUUAAAAAGAAGCUUACGGAACCUAGAACAAGUUCUUCGUUCACUAAAUUAUCCUCAAGAGGUGGAUUGUGUUGGUUUGGUAAAGGGAGAUACAGCAGCAUCUUUGCCCAUCAUUAGCUAUUCUCUUACCUCAUAUUCACCUUAUGUAGCAGAACUUCUGAUGGAAUCCAAUAUAGAGCUCAUAGCGAAGAAUGACUUGCGCUUUAUAGAUACCGUCUAUAAGCUUCUUCGUGAUCAAUUUAAUUAUAAACCAAUCUUGACAAAAAAGCAGUUUCUCCAGUGUGGAUUUGCAGAAUGGAAAAUUCAAAUUAUUUGUGAUAUUUUGAAUUGCGUGAUGAAAAAGCACAAGGAAUUGAGUAGUCUUGAGAAGAUUCCCUCACAACAGAGAAAGAAAGUCAGUUCUGUUAAGUCAGAACCUUCUUCAAGCACUGAGAAGACAUCUACAGAACCUGUUGGCAUUGACAUCACUGGCAGGUUUAUGACUUCAGGAAAGAAAAAAGCUGUGGUGAUCCGUCACCUGUAUAAUGAAGAUGGUGUUAACAUUCCUGAAGAUACGAUAAGUACUGUAACAGACGUUAGUGAAACAUUUGAUGUGUGUAACUUAAAGACUACUGAAAUAAAGAUUCCUGAAGUAAAGUUCCCUGAAAUCAAGUCUGAACAACAAGAUGUUCAAAUCAAUCCUGAGAUUACUGUACUACAGACUAUGCUUGUUGAAUGCCAAGAAAAGCUUCAGAAACUGACUUUGGUAGAGAGUAGAUUAGACUCUUUGGAAGAAAAAAUGAAAGGAAAAGUGAUGGUAAAUGAAAAAACGUGGACUAAUCUUCUAAGUCGUAUCACUCUUCUUGAAACAGAAAUGCUUCUGUCUAAAAAGAAUAAUGAAUAUAUAGACUUCAGUGAAAUGAAUGAAGACUACGAAUCUAGUAAUGACAUGGAUAUUCUGAGUCCUGAUGGAAAAAGAAAAGAGGAGAGGCAAACAAGUAUUCCUCUAUCCUCUGGCUAUAGUACAGUGUCAUCAGAUUCAACUCCCAGAACCUCAGCUGGUAGUUACUGUGGUUUGAAAGAGAAUUCAGAGGAAACAACAAUCCAGAAAAUGGAAAGGAUGAAAAAAAUGUUUGAAGAAACCGCAGAGUUACUGAAAUGUCCAAAGCACUAAUUAUAGAAUUUUCUGCAUCAACUUCUCUAGGACUUUGGCUACUGUACAUAUUGUAUAUUUUAAAAAUUCUCUAUAAAUUUUAAUAUGCUA